AUGGAGAAGGGUCCGGUGCGGGCGCCGGCCAAGCCGCGGGGUGCCAGGUGCAGUAAUGGGUUCCCCGAGGGGGAGUCGCCGCGACCGGGGCCGAGCCGGCCGGCCGAGAAGCCGCCGCGGCCGGAAACCAAGAGCGUCCAGCCGGCGGACGGCUGGAAGGGUGAACGGCCCCGCAGCGAGGAGGAUAAUGAGCUGAACCUCCCCAAUCUGGCGGCCGCCUACUCGUCUAUCCUGCGCUCGCUAGGAGAGGACCCCCAGCGGCAGGGACUGCUCAAGACGCCCUGGAGGGCGGCCACAGCCAUGCAGUUUUUCACGAAGGGCUACCAGGAGACCAUCUCAGAUGUCCUAAAUGAUGCUAUAUUUGAUGAAGAUCAUGAUGAGAUGGUGAUUGUGAAGGACAUAGAUAUGUUUUCCAUGUGUGAACAUCAUCUGGUUCCAUUUGUUGGAAAGGUUCAUAUUGGCUAUCUUCCUAACAAGCAAGUCCUUGGCCUUAGCAAACUUGCGAGGAUCGUAGAAAUCUAUAGUAGACGAUUACAAGUUCAAGAGCGUCUUACAAAACAAAUCGCAGUAGCCAUCACAGAAGCCUUGCGGCCUGCUGGAGUUGGGGUGGUGGUGGAAGCAACACACAUGUGUAUGGUAAUGCGAGGGGUACAGAAAAUGAACAGCAAAACUGUGACCAGCACGAUGUUGGGUGUGUUCCGGGAAGAUCCAAAGACUCGGGAAGAGUUUCUAACUCUCAUUAAGAGCUGA